CGUAAUUCUCGAGGAAAAAGAGAAGUGAUUCCGAUUAAAGUGGCGAGAUCGAAGCACGAAGAUUAGAACUCGAGAGACAAUGGAUAAUCGCGGAAAGCUAAUCCGCAAUCGAUGCGCGAUACUGACAAUUGUUAUCGUGUACACGCUGGCUGUAUUAAUUAAGGCGGCCGAGAGCAGGCCUCACAUCAGGCACCACCGGGACGGCUCGCACUGCAGCAGAUGCGGUCCAGGCUGGGGCGUGAUUAGCCGUUGCGCUCGCGGCCGCGACACCGUGUGCGAACGCUGCCCCGCCGGCACGUACAGCCCGCAUCACAGCACGCAGCCCUGCUGGAACUGCGCCAGAUGCGGCCCGGGACUAUACGAGGCCCAUCCGUGCACCUCGCGCUCCGACACCGUCUGCGACUCCUGCCAUCGUCCCGCAGCGGACAAUCCGGACUAUCGGCGCAAAUGCGAGGGCCGCGCGAAAUUCUUCCUCGCGCCGGAGGACGCGCGGAGCACCGCCGAGGAGAGCGUGCUGGUCAACGAGCCGGCCUACCGCUUCCAGCUGUACGACAGGGAGGAGGUACUAGAGAAAGACGUGGAGGCCGUCCUCAGGGACAAGGCGGCCGCCGGGUCGGAAGUUCUGCAGAGGGUUCAAUCACCGUCGCAACAUUAAUCCCGAACAACAACAAAAUGCUCCGACGCAUUUCUGUCCGUCGGCCGGGAAAGGUGGUAUCAAAGCUUUCUCCGCGAUUGUGCUGCAAAAUUCGCGAAACUGUUCAUUUACCAGAAAAAUUAAUGGCUCAUGUAGAAGUU